UAAUUACUGGGGACAGUUGCACAAUGUAAGGAGUUAUGUUUAAAUGGCCACUUCCCUUCUCCCCUUAUAAAUGUGCGCUGCUCUCGCUUCUCCGCUGCUACUACGAAUAUUAACUUCUUGUUCGAGCGUGUUCGGAUCAAGAGUAGCAAGCAAAGAGUAACAGGACAGAAAGUUUGCAUGGAAAAAGUAGAAGGUUUUUCUAUUACCUGCGAAGAGCAUGAAGAGCUGAUCUCCAGCUUACGAGAUUGGAGAACAAGGUCGGGAAUCAACGCUCCGAAGAUUGAAGUGCGGUUCGAGGAUUUGUCAGUGGAGACUGAGGUUCAUGCUUCCAGGAGAGUUCUUCCCACCCUACCCAAUGCCAUCAUCAACACUGUUCAGGAGCUCCUGGGACGGCUUAAAGUGUACAAUACAAAUACAAGUCAUGUCAAAGUUCUUAGUGAAUUGAAAGGAAUUAUAAAACCAUCUAGGAUGACACUUGUGCUAGGAUCUCCAGGAUCAGGAAAGACAACAUUUUUAAGAGCACUUUCUGGAAAACUAGAUCCUAGUUUAAAAGUCACAGGAAAAGUAACAUACAAUGGACAAAAGAUGAACCACUACCUCUCACAAAGAAUGUGUGCAUAUGUUAGCCAACUUGACGCCCAUCAAGCUGAGAUGACAGUAAAGGAGACCAUGGAGUUCUCUAGAAAAAUACUAAAUGCCGGAGAUGAUAUUGAGAUGCUUAAAGAAGUGAGCACAGUAAAAACAGAAGCAAACAUCAAAGAAGAGACAAAUACCAAUACCAUGGAAACUGUGUUUUCGAAAGAUGAAGGGAGUUUCAUAGUUGACCAUAUUCUGAAGGUACUUGGCUUGCAUGAGUGUGCAAACAUAAUAAUAGGUGAUCAGAUGAGAAGGGGAAUAUCUGGAGGACAAAAGAAAAGAGUCACUAUUGGAAAUAAGAUAUUCAAGAAAGCAGUAGUUACAAUAGCACUUAUUAUCUUGACCAUCGGUUACGGCAUUUCGCGGGCGGAGGACGACCGGCGCGUCGUGAGGAUUCUGGAAUCCUUGUUCCGCACGUGGGACUCCGCAGCCGGCGGGAUUCGACCCUCACUUUCCCACGGCCUCAUGGUACUUUCCUUGUCCGAGUGGUGUGCGACGGGGUUUCUGCUGUCGAAGUCUUGGAGUAGAAUUGAGUCACUUCAUCGGGGGUCCUCGGUUGAUAGGUGUAAGCCGAGAGCGGAUUCUGCUCCUUUUCUGGUGCUGAUGGCUUCCGCAGGCGUUCUUUUGGCUUUCAGAAGCAAUGGAGUCGAAAUCAGCCCUCCGUUAGGGAAGUCGCUCGAACUGUCCAUCUCUUUUGUUGCAGAGAGUAUCAUUUCUAGGAGUGGGAGUGAUUCUGAUGCAGAUGCAUCUGAUAACAGCGGUGUUCUACUGCAAUGCCUCGCCAUGGCUUUAGCCUGGUCAGGUCCAAUUAUUCCCAAUGUAUCAGUGCUUCGGUGCCUCUGUCUGGCGUUGUUGAAUGAGAUUUUUCCUGUACAUUUUGUCACUGAAAUGUCCUUGGAUUCUGAGAAUCGUAAUGUUGCCACCAACAAGGUGAAGGAGCAUCUCAAUAGCAUUCUUUUUAAACAAGCAGGUGCGGUGACCAGAGUGUUCUGCAACCAGUAUGCUGCUACAGAUGAUAUCACCAAGGAAACAGUUGAGAAGCAUUUGUGGGAUUAUUCUCUUGAACUUUACUCAAAUCUCCGCUUAGCUGUGUUGGUUCAUCGGGGAAAGAGUGAUGAAUUGCUUGCGGGCUUUGAAAAGAUUGCUGAAGCUGCAUUCUUGAUGAUAGUUGUCUUCGCUGCAGAAGUUAGCAAACAUAAGCUGAAUAGCAAAACAUCUAAUGAGUUCAGACCAGAGGUCUCCUCACAAAUCCUCAUUACUUUUUCUUGCAUUGAAUAUUUGCGGCGAAUCCGCUUGCCUGAGUAUACCCAGGCAGUUCGCCGUGCUGUUCUGACGAUCCAGGAGAAUGCACCUUCAUGUGUUUCAUUUGUUGAGUCGAUGCCCCCUUAUGGUGAGCUAACCAAAUCACAGGGCUCAAUUGCAUUGGUGAGAAUGAGAUACAAUUGGUCACAAGAUGAAGUGCAAACAGCUCGUAUAUCAUUUUAUUUGCGGGUUUUACCAGCUUGUAUAAGCCUUGUCCCUACUGCAAUGUUUGGAGAGCGCAUAGCUCCAACCAUGUUUUUAUAUAUGCAACAUCCUAAUGAGAAAGUAAUCCGUGCUUCACAUUCAGUAUUUGUUUCCUUUGUAUCCUCUAGUAAGGAUUCUGAUCAGAAUGAUAGAAAUGCUUUAAAGGAGCAACUUGUUUUCUAUUACAUGCACAGGGCUUUGGAGGUUUAUCCCCAGAUCAAUUCGUUUGACGGUUUGACGUCCGGAGUUACAGCUUUGGUCAGACAUCUCCCUGCUGGUAGUCCAUCAAUAUUCUAUUGUGUUCAUAGCCUUGUAGAAAAAGCUUCUGAGCUUUGUAGGGGAGCCAUGAGUGAAGAUCCAACUAUGUGGAAGAACUGGGAAGGAAACUCAGGUCCUCCUAAGAAGACUAUUGAUCUUCUCCUUCACCUCAUCUAUCUUAUUGAUAUACAGGCAUUGCCAUACUUGUUAAAACAGCUAGCCGAGCUGAUGAUUCAGUUGCCCAAAGAUGGCCAGAAUGCCCUUCUCGACGAGAUGUACUCUCAAGUUGCCGAGUCUGAUGAUGUCACUAGAAAGCCUGUCCUGGUGUCGUGGUUGCAGUCGCUCUCAUAUUUAUGCUCUCAGAAAACAUCUCCAGCAGCCGACAAGUCUGAGAAGCAUGGAAGCUCUGUGGCAAGUAAAGGCCUGAGCUUCAUCAGAGGCAUUGCUAAACUCUAAAUGGCAUUCUUGUGGUCUCAAUUUUCUCCAGUGAUACGAACUGUCUUCGAUAUACAGAUCGAGCUCGGUGAUUCAGGCAGGCCAGCUAAUUUCUAAAGGGACACCUCGAUCGUUAAAUAGAAAGGACUGUCAUGAUUCACGAUCCCUGCAAAACUUAUGAUUUUCUAUAGCUGUCAAUGGCGAGCAGCAUGGCAGUUGUGGCAUGAAAAGGAAGAUGGGAGUGAUUCCUCUUUGUGCAAAUAUUUAUUUGGUAACAAAUCAAUUUGUGUAAAGAUUACACAGGUUUUCCUGCUUGCUUUUUGGACAAUUUAAGCAAUGCGUAGAUGAACUUAAAACAUUAAGAUGUUUAUAUAGACACUUUGAGUUCA